AUGGAAGAAUAUCAAAACCUUGGUCACAUGAUUGAGGUAAAAGAUCCAAAUAUUGAUGAACCUCAUUAUUACAUUCCGCAUCAUUGCGUAUUGAAGCCAACCAGCACCUCGACGAAAUUAAGAGUCGUAUUCGACGCAUCAUGUCGAACCUCUUCUCAGAAAUCUCUCAAUGAUAUUUUGAUGAUUGGACCUACUCUUCAAACUGAAUUGUUCAUCCUCUUGUUACGUUUUCGCUUAUUUCGAUUCGCUCUUACUGCUGACAUAGUGAAGAUGUAUAGGCAAAUUCUGAUUGAUCCUGAAGAUAGAAAAUUUCAGUACAUUCUUUGGAGAAGUUCACCAUCUACCAAUAUUCGUACUUUCCAGCUCAACACAGUUACAUAUGGAACAGCUGCUGCACCAUACCUUGCCAUUCGUUGCCUAUUGUAUAUAGCGCAUCAAUAUGUGGAUCAAUUCAAGAUUGCAGCUGAAGUAAUCAAAUCUUCGUUUUAUGUUGAUGACUUAUUGCAUGGUGCAGAUUCUCUUUCUGAGUUACAUCAAAUAAGAUACGAAUUGGAAGAGCUUCUAAAACAGGGAGGUUUCGAAUUAGCUAAAUGGCACUCAAAUCAUCAAGCUUUUAGAGAUGACACUACUAUCAAAGAUCUCAAUAUAGGUUCGGAUGUUAUUACCAGCACAUUGGGACUGAAAUGGGAUCAAUUUAUUUAUUCCUUCAUUUAA